AUGGCCAGUCAGGCCCAGGACGAUCUGGCUCCGUUCGUGGUGCGAUGCGUCGUGUCACGCAGCGACUUCCGCUCGCUCGCCGACAUGCGCUCGGGACGGCCCCUGCCAGGAACGCUGUCCGUGUACGCAUGGCCAUCCACGACCCUGCGCGAAGUCGCGCACCUGCUGUACCUCGCAGACCCGGCCCUCUCCCGGCCACAUACCAUCCACGAUUUUCGCGUCGUCUACUUCGAUCCCACGUCGGAUCGAUUCGAGGCCGAUGCGCCUGUGCGCGGCAUCACACGCCUACCCACCGGCGACGCACGAGCCGAGGCAGCCGCCACACUCACACUCGAGCACCUGCGCCUCACAUCCCACGCAUACCUCGAGUGCGCCAUGCACACAGGCCGCCACCGCCUCUACGAACCAUGA